AUGCCCGCCCCCGGGGUGGUGAGGAACGUCUGCUUUCGGAUAAGCAUCGUGGGGGCAGCGAACAGCGGCAAGUCGUCCCUUCACAACAGACUGAUGAGGAGACUUAGCGCCAACUACAAACCAUCGCUGGUUCAUCAGGAGCCAAAUUACUCGAUUGACACUAAUGAAAGUCCAUUCCGAGUGGAAAAUACAAAAUGUGUAAUCGCGGACACACUGGGGAUGAACGAACAAAUGAUGAGGAGGAUGCAACUGUUAAAGCACAGUAAGUACGAAGGACAUGUCCAGUGUAACAACCUCAUCAGUCAAUAUCUUCACGGCAUCCGAAGCAGCCACUUGAUUUUUUUCUGCGUGAAAUGCUCCCAAGUUCGAGAGAGUGACAUCUUAGCGUAUCAGAUUGUGCGGGACAUUUUCACGCAGAGCGAAAAUCUGAUUACUGUGCUGGUGGACGAGAGUAUCCUACGGAAUGGCGGGGGUGGGGUGGAGGAUGACGUGGGAACAAGCCAGGGGAGGUACAAUUUUUUACACGCCUUUGAGUACUUCAGCAAUGUCGUUUUUUUUCCAAAUGGGUUGGUCUGGCAAGACCAAGGAGAGGAUUUGGUGGACCUCAUACGGAGGAAGGUCAGAGAGGAAGUGAGUCGACAACUGGAUGAGGGGGAUACCCACGCGGGGGUGGAUCAUAAGGAAGCCCCCAUAGACGAAGACGCUACAGUGGAACACCCCCCAGGGGACCCUACGAAUAACUACACAAACGAUGAAGUACGCGACCUGGUGGACGAAAGCCUCCGCAUCUUCCGGCCCAAGCUCAGCGAAGAAACGAGGAAUUAUUUUUAUAAAUAUGUGGACCUCAGGAAAAAGGAGAAAUCGGAUGAGCGGCUGUUUAACGAUUUUCUCAGCGAAAGGGUUUUAGGGAAGUCGCUCAAGAGGCUGACGAGGGGGGAGCUGCUCGCGCGGGGGGGGGAAGCGGGGUCAGAAGAGGAAGAAGCGGCCGUCAACACCACUUCCAGCACCCCUGCCAACACCCCUGCCAACACCGCUUCGAACAACGCUGUCCAUGGAGGCGCCCCGCUGAGAGACUACUUCGACAAGAUGCAGGGCGACUUCGAGCGGAAAAGGACAGUCGCCGCGAAGGUGAAGAACAAGCGAAUGAGGCUUUUGCGGGCCAUCGUGGGCGGACAGGGGGGGGUCAACCCCUACGAAUUGUUGAAGCUCACUGGCGCGGGGGAAGCCACCCCUGUUGGGGAAGUCACUGUUGGGGAAGUCACUGUUGGGGAAGUCGCUGUUGGGGAAGUCACUGAUGUUGAAGCUGCUAACCACAUUGGAGCCGCUAACCACGUUGAAGCCGCUACCCCUAAGGGAGGUGCCACCCCUGAGGAAGCCCACACCCACCUGCAGGUCUGCUUCCUCGGAGAAAGGAACUCCGGGAAAACGACGCUGAUAGAGGCCAUCCUGAGAAGGCCCAUCGUGCGCGACCAGGACGUGAUGGAGCUCUUCGGGAGGAAAAAAUACAUCAACAAAGACUUGAUCAUACAACACAAAAAUGUGCAAAUAACAGUUGCAGACACGUGCAGCUUGACGAAGCAACACAGGUUCAAAGGAGAGGAUACCUACCACGAUGAGGAGAAACAAGUAUUCACCAAUGUGGAGAGGAGCGACCUGUGUGUUUACGUAAAGGAAGCCAAAGAAAACACCAUAAGCGUAAGUAAGGAGGACAAAAAAAUGAUGUUUUACCUACUGAGGAAGAAGAAGAAUAUUAUCGUUGUAGUGACUAAAAUAGAUACUAUCUUGACCAAAUUUGAGGAGAAAAAGAAUGAAUUCCUAUCGUCUUUCUCCUCUUUCUUCAAUGACAUCCCUGUGGUGUUCCUAAAUCCAAACAAUCAAAUGCACGUGCAGACAUUACUUAACCGGAUGGUUCAUGUACACAAGAUGAGCCACAUACGGAUCCCCACUUCCACCUUAAAUCUCUUUUUAAUUAGAUUCCUUCAGUUGUUUCCUGUCCCUUGGGUGAGGAAAAAGAAAUGUCACUUCAAGUACAUCAGGCAAGUCAAUACCAAUCCAGUUACCUUCCUCGUCUUCACUAACCUGUAUCAAAACAUCCCGAAUAACUAUCUGUCUUUUUUUAAAAAAAAACUAAAGGAUGAGUUUCAUCUGAGAAGUGUUAAUAUUCAGUUCAUAUUUCGCACUACUUGCGAUAAUGCCAACGCCAGGCGGAGUCGGUUCGUGCGUGCCGGGGGGAAGGCCACGUAG